GUUGGACCUGCUCUCACGCAUGCGCACUCAGCACAGACAUUUAUUUUUUUUUUUUUAAGAGCUGUAUUCUCCGGUGCACGGCUUUAUUUAUUUUAGCAGAUUUCGGUUCCUGUCUUAGACAAUUUUUUUUAUUUCAAACUCAGCACAGGCUUUUUUUUUUUUUUUUUUUAGCGGCGCGUUACGUCAUGUCUUACGUCACGGUUUACGUCCAUCAAAGACCGUAUAUGAAUCUAUAGAUGAUUUAUGGUCCAGCCCAAAGAACGACAAUAAAAUCUGGAUUAAUAAUCAGAGUGACGUCACAGACAAGAUGCGCGCGCAGCCGAGGAGCAAAAGACACACAGACACGGACAGAAACACGGACACAAACAGAAACACGGAGAGAAACACGGAGAGAAACACGGACAGAAACUUUCCCCGCGUUACAAUGAGAAGCUGUUGUGUUGUUAACUGCACGAACAGAAGUGAAAAUGGUUGGCGGAUGUUCAACAUCCCGAGAGGACGUCACCCGUUCGCCCAAAACAGAAGAAGAUUGUGGCUUGAGGCGGUUAAACGAGCGGACUGGGGUUCGUCCGGUACCGCGGGCGGAGUGAGCGUCUGUGCUGCUCACUUCAUCUCCGGAGAACCGUCCAUGGACUGUAACAGUCCAGAUUUUGUGCCAUCGGUUUUUCCAGCGAAGGUGACGAGUAGGAUUAGGAGAAGGCAGAAGAAGGCGCCUGUUUCUCUCUCCACAUUCCACACUGACACUGAAGAUGAAGAUGAAUCAGACUUUGUGCCCAAACUGAACUUGGACCAGCUCAGCAUCCAGUGUGACCAACUUCAGGAGGACUACGAGGCCUUGAAACGGGAACUGGAGGCCGUAAAGUCUGAGAAUCAACAGCUGCAGGACCAACUUAAACUGUCAAAAUUUGGGUUUGAUUCACUGAAAGACUCUACGCUCUGUUUUUUUACCGGACUGGAGUCUAUUCAGGUUUUCUCGUGGCUUUUAAACAUUAUCAAACGGACCGGAUUGGUGCUGAAGGACGGGUUAAACUGGGAGAACCACCUCCUUUUGGUGUUGAUGAAAAUCAGACUUGGGCUCGACAACAAAGACCUGGCACAACGAUUUGACCUCCCGUCUGCAACUGUGUCCAAAAUCAUCAGAGAGUGGAUUCCCAUGUUGUCUUUAGUUUUGAAACCGCUGAUUAUUUGGCCAAGUAAAAAUGCAGUAACAGCGAACAUGCCAACAUGUUUUAAACCAAAAUUUGAGAAUUGUCGUUGCGUUAUAGACUGCACAGAAAUCUGCAUCAAGAGAAUCUAUAAUCGAAAAGCAGGAGCUGAAACUCAAAAUUACAAGCAGCAAAAUACCGUCAAAUAUUUAAUUGGAAUAACUCCAGCUGGGGCGAUAUGUUUUUUGUCUGGUGGGUUGGACGGUCGCGCCUCUGACAAGAUAACGACUCUGGGUUCGGGAUUUUUGGAGAAACUUGAGAGCGGAGACGAGGUCCUCGCAGAUCCACGUUUCCUCGUCGGAGAAGAACUGGCCAGUGUCGGGGCAAAACUGACAACGCUGAGUUUUACUAAAGGGAAGCGUCAGAUGUUUGGUUCUUGCGUUGACUCUUCACGUCGGCUGUGGAGAGUCCGUCAGCACGUCGGGAGAGUUAUGGGUCACCUUAAAGACUUCAACAUAUUAAACACGGUCAUGCCCAGCAGCAGCGUGGGAGUGUUGGACGACGUUGUAACAGUUUGUGCAGGUCUCGUCAACCUGAGGAGCACCGGGCUCCGCAAAUAACGACGAGACCACAGAGACGAGAGAGGAUCGCUUUGGUUUUGGUUCACUUUCUCAUCUUGCCGGAGCAAAUGAGUUUGAACAUGAAGGUAAUUACGGAAGCCGAGAGGGGUCGCAACAAACGCAAGCGCCGCGACAAAUACAAACGCGACAACAUAACAAAAAGCCACAACACACCAAAAUAGCCACAACACACCAAAAAAAGUCACAACAACACAACAAAAAAAGCCACAACACAUUAAAAAGCCACAACACAA